AUGCAGAAACUUUAUCGUAUCUUAAAACCUUGGGCUAAUCGAUACACUGUUUCGCUGAUAUGGUUGUUGGCAAUAUUCAAUUUUUAUCUGUGUGUGAAACCGUUAAAAGAAUAUGCAGCAUCUAUUGGUUUCAAUGGAACGCCACCAAUUCUUGAUACGAUGACCUAUUACACACCAGAUGAAGGCUAUCAAACUCUUUUUAAUCUGGGGGACGACGGUCGAUGCGCCUAUCGACAAACGAAUAAUGCCGAGUUCAUUUUUCCCGUCUUACUAUUUCUUUCCUUAUCUCUGUCAAAUUUGUCGAUGGGCAAAGGACAUCGAUACAUAGUUGGACCAUUUCUAUAUAUGAUUUUCGAAUACGUUGAAAAUCUUGCCGAGAGAUAUGUGCUGGAAAUCUAUCCCAAUCGACAUGAUGCCGUCAUGAAUUUAGCUUGUUAUGCUGGUUUAGUGAAGUUUAUCUUCAUGUCUACAAGUGUUCUAAUAGUGAUUGUUAAUUGUUUGAUACAUUUUCUAUGUUCGAGUGUUCCGAAACAAAAAUCGAAAUAA